GCGGGACCCGGGCGCGCACGGCUAACCCCGCGCCCUGCAGGUCGUUGAGCCCGGGCUCCAGCUGAGACUCCGCCAUGGCCGGCCGUGCCCGCGGGUCCCUGCGCGCCUUGCUCGCUGCGCUGCUGGCGCCGGCGCUGUUGUCACUGCUCGUGUCGCCCGCGCGGGGUCGCGGCGGCCGGGGUCACGGGGACUGGGACGGGGUCAAGCUGCCGCCGCUGCCGCCCCGCGAGGACGCGGCGCGCGUGGCGCGCUUCGUGACGAACCUCUGCGACUGGGGCGCGCUGGCCACGGUCUCCUCGCUGGAGGCGGUGCGCGGCCGGCCCUUCGCCGACGUCCUGUCCCUCAGCGACGGCCCGCCCGGCGCGGGCAGCGGCGAGCCCUACUUCUACCUGAGCCCGCUGCAGCUGACCGCGAACAACCUGCAGGAGAAUCCACAUGCCACACUGACCAUGUCUUUGGCACAGACUGACUUCUGCAGGAAACAAGGAUAUGAUCCUCAAAGUCCCCUUUGUGUUCACAUAAUACUGUCAGGAACUGUGACCAAGGUGAAUGAAACAGAAACGGACUUUGCAAAGCAUUCGUUAUUCAUUCGACACCCUGAAAUGGAAACCUGGCCUUCCAGCCAUAACUGGUUCUUUGCCAAGUUGAAUAUAACCAAUAUCUGGGUCCUGGACUACUUUGGUGGACCAAAAAUAGUGACGCCCGAAGAAUAUUAUAAUGUCACAUUUCAGUGAAGCAGAAUAUGGCAAAUUUAACCACACGUGUGAAGUUCCUUAGGAGGCUCAUGCACACUUACAGGGCUUACUGUUUCUCUGGAAUGUUCCCAGAAUAUUAGGCAGUUUUCUGUCACAUGCUGGUUUCCUUGUUUGCUUGUUUACCAAAUCGAGUUGGACUGGAUUUCUUGAGAGAUGUGGUUGCUAGAUUUUUUUUUUCAUAUUUUGAAGCCAUUUACGUAGAGAAAUGUCUUUCACUGCAAUUAAAGAAGUUUUGUUCCAUCAAUUCCAAAUAUGCUUCCAACGGUGCUCCCUAAAGAGGAGCAAGCACCAGAUUUAGAUUG